UGUUGUAUUCUAACGGUGGUGCAUUUCUCAAUGAUGAUCGAGUCAACUUAGAAAUGCCUUCCGUUUAUUUAAUUUACAUGAUUUAUCUCAAAAAGUAUUGAUUUUACGGACUUCCCGUUCGUUGCAUGCUACACCAAUGCCAUCCAGUUCUCGAUCUAUGUAUAAUUUGAAAGUAACUAUCUGAUAUUUAGCCAGCACGGCAUCACGGCUAGGCAAUUCGAAUACGAGCGCGCCGAAUAUUGAUCCAAACAGUCUGAAUCCCAGUCACUAGACGUGUAAAGUACUCCAUCCAAAGUAUUUGCACCAGACGAACUGUACUGUGGAUCAUUUCUCAACACACAGCUUGCUCUGUUGGCAGGAAAUCGCCACUACUUCAGUCUAGUUCAAAUACUUGUGUAUACUUUUGCUGGAGUAUUCGUUUUUGCGAUUUAUUGGGCUUUUAAAGGGCUCAAGUUACUGAUUCACGAUCGAUCUGACUAAAGCUAAGGGAAUUCCGUCGUACGUCGUCUAACGACAAUAAUGUCUAGAAACAGAGGGGGCGGAGUCGGAGGCAGAGCUCCUCUCAAACCGAGGGCGGGUUUCCAGAAGCCGGCCCAGCAGGACUCCAAUGCCGUGUCCUCGGCUCUGCUAAAGCAGGCUAUGCGCAGUGGCCAACUCAACCUGUCAAAUCGGGAACUCGCUAAAGUUCCAGACAGUGUUUGGCGGAUCAACAUUGACAUACCAGAGGAAGCGAAGACAGUGUCUCUGGACAAGACAGAGGAUGGCUGGUGGGAGCAGACAGACCUUGUCAAGCUCAUCCUGGCUUGCAACAAGCUUCAAGAGAUAUCCAAUGAUAUACAGCAACUGCCUGCGCUUACUGUGCUUGACGUGCAUGAUAAUGUGUUGACUUCCCUUCCACCUGCAAUUGGAGAGUUGCUUAACUUGCAGAAGUUGAACAUAAGUCACAACAAAAUCACGAGCCUUCCGUCUGAGAUGUUCCAGCUUCGUCACUUGCUGUCCUUCCAUGUUGAACACAACGACCUGACUGAAUUGCCCGAAGGCAUUGGAGAAUUCAUUCACCUUGAAGAACUGAAUCUGUCUCAUAACAAGUUGACAACCCUGCCCUAUACAGCUGGGCAUCUUGGCAAGCUGAAGACACUGAAUGUUUCAGACAAUCAGCUGACGUCCCUGCCAACGUCCAUGGGCAUGCUGAAAGCUGUGAGAAUUUUGGAGGCCUCCAACAACAAACUUCCCGAGAUACCGACAGAAGUUGGUGACAUGAAAUCAUUGGAGCAGCUUUACUUGCAGCAUAAUGUACUGUCUGGUCUGCCACUCCUCAGAGCGUGCAUAAGCCUCAAGGAGCUGUUUGCGGGUAACAAUCGCAUCACGGUCUUGUCCCCCGACCACCUGGAGCACCUGGCUACUGUCAACGUGCUGUCCAUGAGGGAUAACAAACUGUAUCAGAUCCCCGAAGAGAUUGUGAAUCUGCGCAGUUUGCAUCGACUGGACCUCACCAACAACAACAUCUCUAGCCUGCCAAACAAGCUUGGUACCCUGACUUCUCUCAAAUCGCUGGUCUUAGAUGGGAAUCCAAUGCGUGGAAUACGCAGGGACAUUAUCAGCAGGGGCACUCAAGGCAUCCUCAAGUUUCUCCGUAGUCGCAUCGAGGAGGAGCCGUCGUCGAAAGACGCCACAGACAGCGUGUCCGCAUCAGAUCCUUCCAGCGCCAUGGGAGUGGUUGCCGCUGUAACCAGCAAAACCCUCGACUACAGCAACAAGAAAGUGGCCGAGGUACCGGUGACGCUAUGGGAACCAGCUCGUGAAGCCGGUGUCGCCAACGUCAACUUAAGCAAGAAUGUGUUCACGGAGGUACCCACAAAUGUGAUCCUACUCGCCAAGACUGUAACUGAGCUGAAUCUUAGCUUCAACAAACUGACAACGUUACCGGCGGAACUCCAAAUGAUGGUGAACUUGACCCAUCUAGACCUCAGGAACAAUGCAAUCAGCACCCUCCCUUCCGAGUGGAGCACCCUGGUCAAACUCAGGGAGAUCUCCUUGUCCUGCAACCGUCUGAAGGAGGUCCCGGCCGUGGUCUACCAGUGGGCAGAGCUAGAGAACCUCCUCCUUGCCGACAACCAGAUCGGCUUGAUUGACGUGGUCAACUUGCUUCGGCUUCCCAAGCUAUCGACCCUGGACCUGCAGAACAACGACGUCAUGCAGGUGCCCCCGGAGCUUGGAAACGUCCAAUCACUUCGGUCGCUUCAGCUCGGAGGCAAUCCGUUCCGGAAUCCCAGGCCGGCUGUCCUUGCUAAGGGCACGCCUGCCCUUUUGGCAUUUCUCAGAGACAGAAUACCUACUUAAACGACCAGCGUGGCCACUGCUUGGGGGUUUUCCCAAGGUCUUGGGAUAUUUUUGGCUUGGUCAUGGAAAAGCGCCACAAAAUCUUGGGAUUUUGUGCAAGUUGAGCGGGGCGUUUGAGCUUGCGCAAAAAUCGUUUUUGCAUUUUAAAAAAAAAGUGUCGCUUGCAUUGCACGAAUGGCAGCUUGUGCUAAUUGGUUCUUUGCUCCUAUUCUGAUACAUCUUCCGGACUGUCUUGGGUAAUCUUGGGAAUUUUACUGUGAUCAUCUUGGGAUUUUAAAAUUUGAUGACUGGCCACACCAUUAAUGACUAUUACUAUACCUCAUAAAUAUUAAUCAGGCAACCGUGGCUUCCCAUUGGUCCAUUCCAACAACUUAACUGUGUGAAAGUUUUUACUAUCACCCCGCGUCUUCGUACGCGUGCAUGACGCGCAAAAACCAGGUAAGUACUAUCACACACCUUGGUCGCACCCUUAGAUUUGUUUGAAUUUUGCAUGCUUGCGUACCGUGGAGAUCACCAGUGAGGACAGUUGUUCCAGUCUUACGGCAUACAUAAAACUGGCGACCAGUGGUGCUCGCUUUGCGAUUUUGACCGAGGAAGAACUGGCCGAAAUUUUGGAUAAUAAUAAUAAAUCCCAGUGUUUUGAGUGAAUGUUAAAGUUAUUAGAUGACACAACAUUUUACUUUCUAUUCUGUUUGUCUCCUUAAAUUAAUAACAAUGUUUCAGUAAAAACAUGGUGAACUGGACCAAUGAAAUACCGCAGCUGCGUGAUGACUAUUUAUGAGGCAUAGUAAAACAAAUACAACAUGGUUUUGCGGGGAAAUAGUGAAAACAAAUGAUCCCUCGGCUUCUCCUCGGGAGAAAAAUAACCAACACCUCGGGGUCAUUAGUUUUCACUUUUUCCCUGCAAACCAUGUUGUAUUUGUAUUCUAGGCAACAGAGUUGUAGGCAAGUCCAUCACAAGUGAAGUCCACAACGCUACCGCAACUAAAAUCAAAGUUAGGUCGACAACUGACCCUGCCUGUCAAUACAGAAUUUGUAUGUGCAAUACAUUGCAGCUACUGCAUGUACAUACAUUCUUGUUCCGUAGUUAUGGGGACAAACACUGUCUUUACAAGGUAUUUGUAGGGACCGAAAACGCUGUGGGGACAGCAGAAAGCCCUCAUAACUCGGUCCUAAUUUGCCCAACAAUAAACAAACUUCCCCAUAAUGUGGUGUAGACCUACCCUACAUGGUAUGCAUUUGCACACAAUACUGGUUAUGCGUAUAGUACUUUGGUUUAUGGGUAUACUACUUUUGGCCAUGCACAGCAACAUAGCGAAUGCCAUGUGACUCGCUCUCGGCCAAUCAAGAUACAGAAUCUGAGGCUGAGGUUUUUAAUUUAAAUUAUAUUGAAAGUACUAUAAAUUUAUGACCAGAGUGAUGGGAAAUUUGACCUGAAAUCAUCGUCAGUUGAUCAUGCACAUUAAUUUUGACGAAAAGCGAUCAAGUGUUAAAGACCCAGAUGUCAUUCAACAGAGAAAUGGAACAUGAAGUUGUGAGACUUGCACACUCUUUUGAGUGCUGCUGAUCAUUUCAAAAAAGCUGACAACAAACCACAUGUGCAAAUCAUUUCAAGUGAUCAGCAAAGCCCCAAAUAUCUCGAAAGUUUGUGGAACAUUUUCUCAAUUAAAUACCUUGUUCCUUGUAAUUUAUAUCGUUGUGAAAAUAUGAAAGAAAAAUAUGAAAGAAAAUUUCACCAACUUGGUCAAAUCUUGGCAACAGCUGUGACAAAAUAACAAAAACUUAUAAAACUAUUAAAAGUAUAAACUAUUAAAAGUAUGGUUAUGCUGUGAUGUUUAAAUUAUUAUUUUUGCAUGAAAACUGCAUUUAAAAUUGAAGACUUGAAAAAGAAACAGUACGAUAUCAAAUUGUAAAUAAAAUGCCUCAUUUAAUAAUCUCUCAUUGAA